GUUUUAUCUUAAUGAUGACUUAUGCACUUCAAUCCCUUAGAAUCCUCCAUUGUAGCAUCUGAAAAAGACUGAAUGUCAUAUUUUUGUUUCUUCAUUUCUUCGUCUGUUGAUUAUCUACAAACUUUGUCAUAGUUCAUGCUCAUUUGAGAAGAAUGCCUUUUAUAUAAACUGAUCUCGAAUAUUAACAAUAAUUCUGCAAUUUUCUCUGAAUUCUCAAAUUAUUCAAAAUGAUUAAAAGACCUCGUGGUCAUUGCCGUUGGCAGGCUUGAAAGGGCAAAUGGGGUCAGGGCAUGUGGGAAGUCACUCCAGAAAUGGAGGCUUUGAAAUUGGCCCCUUGUGCAAUGGCAGCACAGGAUGAGAAAUCUGAUGUCCCCAACAACAUCUGCCAGCAGGUGAAGAAAUUAGGGCAGAACCCGGGCUGCCUUUGUGCUGUUAUGCUUUCUGACACUGCCAGGUUUCUUUCAAAUCUGUAAGUUUCGUUCAGACACCUGAUUUCCACUCUAAUUCGGCGUGCCUUGCAAGUCCUACAUUGUGUUGAGGAUGGGAUUAUUGUUCAUGAACAACCUUUGUUUUAUGAGGAGCCUGAUGUGCAUGAAAAUAUGCGUCUUGAUGUAGACGAUAUGUCUUAUGAGGAGUUGUUGGCCCUGGAGGAUCAAAUUGGAAAUGUGAGCACUGGAUUGAGUGAGGAAGCUAUUUUGGCAGCUGUGAGGCGGCAUUGUUAUCUGUCAAUGAAAUUAGGACCUCCAGUGGAAGAGGAACCGUGUUGUAUUUGUCAGGAGGAUUAUGUUGAUGGAAAGGAGCUUGGUAAGCUGAAUUGUGGGCAUGAGUUUCACUUCAAUUGCAUCAAACAAUAGCUCGGGCGAAGAAUAACUGU